AGCGUUGUCAUUAAACCAUAUUUAUAAACUUUGAUAUGAUACUAGUAAAAAUCAAACAAUAUCAAUAGCUUUUCAUACCACAACAACAAAACAGCCUAUACGUGCGAGACAACCAAUCAUUGGGAAUUUCUUCACAAAGAAUUUGGCAACCUUCUGGUAUUUGUGCACUUAAGACAGUACUCUCUCUUUUUCUCACGGUAGCUUCUGCUUAGGUUAAAUAUAUGACUGACCUUUAGUUUUUUUAAGCUUGAUUCUAUUAACCAAUAACAGAUCGUUUUAAAACACAAAAUGUCAAAAGGUAUCAAAAUAUCGAAAAUGUUUUUGUCAUUCAGAAACUUGAACUUACAUAGAUCUUUGAUUGCAGGCCUUUAUGCAAAGACACAAAACAUUGCGCCACCUCAAAGUCACAACAACAACUUGGGCUUCAACCAAGAUGGCCCCCCUCACCUCCCCUUCAUGCCAUCUUCAUGGCUGACUCACCCUCAAUACCAGGCGGCUAGGUUUCCCAUCAGAGCACCAUAUCAACCUCAGCAUUCCCCUCACACCCCACCCAUCUACCCACACUUCCACCCAUUCCCUCUCCCACACCUUGCCUCCACAUCGGGUCAUUAUUCCCCGGGCUGGGGGUCCCUGCAGCCAGACUAUCCCUGGUCCUUGACUGCGGGUGCAGCUGGACUCCCCUCACACUCUGAGGCCCUGUUGGAUCAGCGCCACACAGAGGAGCUCCCUACCGAGAGGGGGGAGGCACCGCAUGCGGAGGAGAAUGCUGACACGAGCAGAUCAUCAAGCUCACAAAGGGGAGGAGGUGGUGGAAGCAGGGGGAGUCAUUUAUCCCAGGAGCUGGAUGUCAAACCAGUCCGUCUGUCUAGCAGCCAUGCAGAGAGCAGUGAAAGCAGCGGGGAGUCUGAUCGGGUGAGCAGAGAGAACAGGAGAAAGAAGAAGAGGGAAGGAAGAUCGCAAAGUUCCUCCUCGGGAAGAGAAGCACCCGGAUCUCGGGAUGCAUCUUUGAGUUCCAAUGCAAUCAUCUAUGCCGCAGCCACAGCACCUCAAAGCUCCGAAAGUGACGCCUCAGCUGAGAAACACAGCAGCAGAAAGACCGGGAGAAGUCGGGAACUUGCUGUUGGAUCACCAGGGCCUGAGGAGGUGGUGAAAGAAGGGAGCAGCGGGAGAAAGAGAGGUGAUUCGGGGAGCCCUAAAGAAGAGAGUCAAUCUAGAGGUGAAGAGGUGGAGAGUCAUGAUGAGGAAUCUAGGGGUGAAAAAGCAGAUAUUCCUGAGUCUGGAUCCCAGAGGGAGGAGGAAUCUGUAAGUGUAAAGACUGAAAAGGCAAGUUUAAAAGGAGCAGAGAAGGAGGAGAGUGAAAGCUCUGAACACAGCAGUGCGGGAGAAAAUGUAGAGCUGGAGGAGGAGCAGGAGAAAGAUCCAGGAGAUGGGGUAGAUGAUGUUGAAAAAGAGAACGGUAAGACGGAUGAAGAGCAAGAGGAGAGGGAUGAGGAUGAGGAAGAUGAGGCUUCUAAUAUAAAGAAUACAACUGAGGAAGACGAUGAGACAGGAGCAGAGGACGAGAUGGAGGAGCAGGAUUCUGAGGAAGAGGCCGGGUUGAAGAACGGAGACGACGGGCACAGGACACAGGGUUCUGCAUCUUCUCAAGGUGAAGGUGACGUGGAUGAGAGUGAAAGAGGCGAGGGCAAAAUGGACGAGGACGGGGAGUCCGACGAAGAAAGAGGAAGUGAGGAGGAAGAAGAUCAAAGAAGUGACAGGGCAGGAGAACCAGAGGAAGGAGAUUCAGAGGACAGUAUCGUCGCACCUCAAGACAACAGAGCGAAAAAAAAGAUCUUUGUGAUUCCUGAGGCAGUCGAAGAUGAAGACGAGGAUGAUGAGGGGGGCAAAACGCAAUCGUCUGACGAAGACUCAAAUAGUUUCAGCGAUGAGGAUAUCGAGCAUCUACUCGCGCCUCAAGAGCAAUCAAAUAAAAAACAAGCAAUGGAGAAGAGCGCUGCUGAGAAACCCAAAGGAGACAGUGACGAGGUGGAGAUCUUUCAUGUGGAGCAGUGCAAAUCACCAAAGACGGAUCAUCAAAGUGACUCAGACGAGUUCGACCACUUCUACGACUAAAUGUGUUCGGCUGACGUUUUACACACUGAGAAUAAAAGGACAAAAAAAUUUGUAGUGUAUAUUUAAAUGUUACACAUUUUCCAUCUGAAACUUUUUUUUUUUUUUUUUUUACAGAGAAUAACUCCACAACAAUAACAGCAUGACAUGGGUGUUAUUUAUGAAUUUUUCCCCAGAUCUAAAUUCCCACACACACAUAUAAGAAGGAAAUCUGCGAUGGAGAUGAAACCUGAUGUAGCAGGUAACAAAGGACAUAGUACAAAAUGUGAGAAUAAUUUAGUGAAAAGAGUUUAUUAUUUCCGUUUUAUCUGCGCGAGUGACACUCUGACA